CCUCUGUUGUUACUCAGAGCAGAGGCACCAGAUCGGAGAAAACAUCUCAGCCUUAGAUAGAUAGAUAGAUAAACUAACUAUCCAAAAGUGACACUAUACAUUGGACAUUGCUGGCUAUUACUGUCUCUCUUGAAAUUUCUGUUUUACAGCCAUAGGCCUGGAAAGAAUCCUACUAUAAAACAUUUGGUGGCUAUCAUCAAAGACUAUAGACUAUAGAAAUACUAUCAUGCUCGGAGAAGCUUUCCUUUAUGUUCUGAACUGCACAGAAGACAUCACAAAUCAUGAUAGACAUGCUCACACACACUCAGCCACCCCCACGACCCAUCCUGACCCCUGCACAACGAGCACCGCUGCCAGAUCUCCUCUGACAUCACGAACUGUGAGAGCUGGCAGGCCCGAACGCCUGGAAAAGCCAGGGCCGUGCCGAGCCUCUGCACCCAGCAACGCCGUGCCCAUUCUCAGCUGUAGCAGGGAGGAUCACUUGGGGAUGAUGCUGUAUUGCUCCUGGUGCUGUCCCAGCUUCUGCAAGGACUACCCAGACCUCCGGAUUGCUGGUGACCGGCUGGAGCACUACAGUCCUCAUAACCCAGACCUGAUCAACCCACCAGACACUGGGCCACUGCUACAAUCUCAGGACCUGAGCUCUAUGGAACCCUCUCUGAAAGCAGAGCAAUCCACAGAGGCUGUGGCCCAGCAGGACGAGGAGUAUCUUGUCAUGGAAAGCGUUCAGGGUCCUGGCUGGGAGAGAAGGCUCACCAACUCCAUGUUGAAUGGCUAUCUGGAAGUCCAAAUGAUGGAGGUGUAUUAUCAGCACUUGCAAAACAUGGCAUGCUGUGGAUCAUCAUUGCUGAGCACUGACGUCAUGCCGGCACUGGGACCCACCAGCCUGACUUUAGCCAAAGAACAGACAGCCAGCCACCAAGAAGCACUGGAUUCUUCAUCCAAUAAUGUUGUGCAUUAUUUAAGCACUUGUUCAGCUCCAGCCACCUCCCACUUCAGCUCACCUGUGCUGCGAAUCUCAGAAGCUGAGUAAUCCACCUCAUGAACACACACACACACACACACACACACACUUCUCCUGCCCUCAUAAAAUUUACAAUGUUGAGUUCCUGUCAUUUGACCAGUAGUUGAUAAGUAGUGAUUUAAAAAAAAAUAAACAUCAUGUUUUAAAAGUAUGGACAUAUGAUUUAUUUAAUAUGUAUUAACAUUAGACAUAGGGAAAGUCCAACACUUAGUGGCCAAAAAUAUAUUUUUAUUUUGUAAGAAAUCCUGUGUCUUAUACUCACUAUGAUGCAUUUAUUUGAUCAAAAAUAAAACAUGGUUAAAUAUAAUCACAAUUUAAAAUUAUGAAACAAAUUAAUAUAUGCAUUAAUA